CUGUGACUUCAACAAUCAUCAGUGCCCACCAUGUCGAUGUUCAGGCCAAAGAAGAUGGAGCUGUCGGGGUUCGUGAACACCCUUGCUCUCCGCGAUUAUAGCAAGCGAAAGGCUUUCGAGAAGCACGAGCCCGAACGCCAAGCUCUGCGAUACGCCAUCCGCAACACCUCUCUCCCCCAGCGUGUUCGCGCCCAGGCCCAACUGCAGCUCUCCCAGAUGCACUGCUACACCCGACCUACCCAGAUCAAGAACCGCUGCGUCGCUGGUGGCAAAGCGCGAAGUGUUAUCCGGGCCUUCAGACUUGGCCGGUUCCAAUUCCGUAUGCAAGCGCUUGCUGGUGAAUUGCCCGGUGUGAAGAAGGCGAGCUGGUAAAUCGAAUGGACAAAGUUGGGAAAUUAUUAAAAAAAACCAAAGAAAGAAAAAAAAACCUGGGACUGUCUCUGGUGUCUAGACGCUUUAGGCGCUUUUACUGGCCUUUUGCACGGAUGGCGUUGUAUUCUAUAUUUCCUUAUGCUGAGAAAUGUACUAUAUUUGUGAAUAUCAUUGACGGUACUUAUACUGUUCUA